ACACUUCCGGUGAAUAUUUCGUGAACGUUGCGUUUGAUCUGGAAAUGUUUUUUAUUAUUGUUGGAUUUUGUAGGUUGUCACGUAUAUAAUAAUAAUAAUAAUAAUAAUAAUAAUAAUAAUAAUAACAACAACAACAACAACAACAACAACAACAAUAAUGCAGAAGUUCUGCACGUGCAGCUGUUAUUACACUGAUAAUAUUUUUCUAGAGCAGUACAAGCUCCAUGUGCGCUUCAUCUCAGAGGGGCAGUUCAGCACCGACUAUCGACAACUCCUCAGGUCCCUGGGUUGUGUCACUGAUGCCCAGUACAAUGUUGUUCUUGAAAAAAUUCAAGACGAGGUGGCGAGGCGCCGGAAUCUCACCGCACAGUCGGCAGAGAGAAAAUCGAUCAUCAAACAGAUUUACAAACCCCUCUAUCAGCACGUCUACCACUUACAGGAAUCGUUCCUGGCCCCAGAGUUUGUAGAAAUAGUGAAAUACUGUCGCGAUGACGGCGCCAGUGAAGAGGGAGUCAUGGAGCUCGUCACCGCACAGGCUGCACCCAGGGUGUAUCGGAUCCCGGUGUUCACCCGGGAUUUCUGCAAGGAUCUGGUAGAGGAACUGGAGCAUUUCGAGCGCUCUGGGGCACCGAAAGGUCGACCGAACACCAUGAACAACUACGGGAUCCUCCUGGACGAGCUAGGCUUGGACGAGGGUUUGAUUGCGCCGCUCAGGGAGCUGUACCUGAAGCCCCUCGCUGCGCUCCUGUACCCAGACUGCGGAGGGAAAUGGGUGGACAGUCAUAGGGCCUUCGCCGUGAAAUACGCCCUGAACGAGGACUUGGAGCUCAGCUACCACUACGACAAUGCAGAGGUCACGCUGAACGUCUCGCUCGGGAAGGACUUUGCCGAUGGAACCCUGUACUUCGGGGACAUGAGAGAGGUGCCCCUGAGCGAGACCGAGUGUGUGGAAGUGGAGCACCACGUAGCUGAGGGCGUCCUCCACCGCGGGCAGCACAUGCACGGGGCUCUGCCCAUCUCGUCCGGGUGCCGCUGGAACCUGGUGCUGUGGCUGCGAGCGUCACGGCAAAGGAACCGCCUCUGCCCCAUGUGCAACCGAGCGCCACGACUACUGCCUAGCGACGGCUACGGAGAUGGAUUCACCGAGGAACCUUCCGGGCCUUGUGCUUUAACAUGAAUCUCUAUCUUCUUUUUGGUCACACCAGGUCUUAUAGUCUCGUGCAUGUUCCUUUUGUUUCUAUGUAACAAAUUAGGAAGAACCCAACAAUAUUGGACAUUGAAUGAGUGGAUGAAACUUCUGUGGAGUCCAAAUGGGACACUCAAACAUGGAGGUGGAAGUGCAGGGAAGUUUCCACACUUAUUCCAGAAAGUAAAAAAAGCAACAUGGCUACCGUUCUAUACUCAAUUUGAGCUGGAAUCCUGUUAGGAACUAAACUGAUGAAAAGGUCUGGGAAUAAAAAGGCAAAGGAACAUGCAUCUGGUUUGCCUGGACAAUCGUAAUAUUCUUUAUGGUUUAAUCUAUUUAUUUUUUAAAUCUUUAUCUUUUAAAUAAAUCCAUAUUGUAAAAAAACAAAA